UCAAUAAAGAUGUAUGUUAAAUUUUCUUCGAUCGUUUAUAUGAUCCUUUCCCUCGCCUUUUAUUGCUUGGGACAAGAUACCGACUACGAUCUUAGCCACAAACUGGAGAAGGAAAAAGUUAAAGAAACUGUCGAUGAUAAGUCGACAUGUAUAGAAAAAUAUUAUAAAUGUCUUCUUUCUUCGAAUUUCACGAAGGAAAGGUAUAUUGAAGCAGCUAAAGAGUGUUGCGUGAAAACAUUAAAUGACAGCCAGAGUAUUUGGUUCUUUACUUUUCCUUACUGUAUUAACGUGCUGAACUCUGGGGAUACUUUAAUGUGUCAUGUAAAAGUAGGUGUGGAAUGCUCGAUCAAAAUAAAUUCUUAUUUCGAAGAGAAGUUUCAAUAUUAUCUAGUAUUUAACGAAGAAGUUUUCAAUAAAAUCAAACCACGACCAACAAGUCCUGAUGAAUGCGAUGAUUCUUUUAUUAUUAUGUAUGGUAAUUCUUUGAAAGAACAAUGUGAAAAUACGAGCCUUGCCAAUUUGGGUGAAGAGUGUAAAAUAUUAAACUUAUUUAUUUAAAUAUAUAAGUUACUAAACAGUAAUAUAACCUAGAAACUUCAUAACAGUUAUUAUUUUUAGUGAAGUGUAUAUCCUUGUAAAUCAUGUAAUAGAGAUUUUUGUACAAUAACUAUCAUCAAUUUUGUUAGUAUAAUAUGAUUGUUGUAUAUUCAAUUAGUAUAUAUAACGUCUCUUUAAUCCAAAAAAAACGACCUCUUGAUCGUGGCCGUGGCCAAGGUUGGCGAAGUUUGAACGAUCGCACUCAAAACCUCAAAUACGAGAGAAGAUUGGAGACCCGCCGUGAAUGUCGAAGUGAGACUCGGAGACAUGUCUUGUCACAAAAGUGGCCUUGCAGUUUUACUUGUUCUAUUUCAGUUUUUUUGUAAUAAUUUCAAGUGUUAUUCAUUCUAGCUUACUGUAUUUACAAAUUAU